CGGCGAACGUAUGUGGCGUAUGAGUCAUUCUCUACCUUCCGGCAUGUCACGUUAUGCGUUUUCACCACAGGACACAGAUUUCACCUCAUCGUAUCCAGGUCCCUCAGCAAUGAAUCAUCGCGGUGGUCGUGGCGGUGGUUAUAAUGAUUUUUCAGGUGGUGGCAGUGCCAUGGGCUCAAUGUGCAACAUGGCACCAGCGAUUAGCACAAAUUCGGUGAAUAGCGGGGGCGGCGAUUGUGGUGAUACACAGGGCUGUAAUGGUACGAAUCUAAUUGUGAAUUAUUUGCCUCAAGAUAUGACAGAUCGUGAACUGUAUGCAUUAUUUAGGACGUGUGGUCCUAUCAAUACCUGUCGUAUCAUGAAAGACUAUAAGACUGGCUACAGUUUUGGUUAUGCUUUUGUUGAUUUUGCUUCCGAAAUUGAUGCCCAAAAUGCGAUCAAGUCAUUAAAUGGUGUUACAGUAAGGAAUAAACGUUUAAAG